AUGGUUGUCGGAUCUGUUCUUGUUACCGGUGGAACCGGCUACAUUGGCUCCUUCACAGCCCUUGCCCUCCUCGAGGCAGACUACAAAGUCGUCAUCGUCGACAACCUCUACAACUCCUCUCCAGAAGUCGUGAACCGCAUCGAGCUCAUCUGCGGCAAGCGACCUGCCUUUUACCAAGUCGACGUUACAGAUGAGGCCGCGCUCGACAAGGUGUUUGAGGAGAACCCAGACAUCGACAAUGUCAUCCACUUUGCUGCUCUGAAGGCCGUUGGAGAGUCUGGCGAGAUCCCCCUCACAUACUACCGUGUCAACGUUGGCGGCUCGAUUGCGCUUCUCUCCUCCAUGGUCAAGCACAAUGUCACAAACAUCGUCUUCUCUUCUUCCGCGACCGUCUACGGCGAUGCGACGCGUGUCCCCAACAUGAUCCCCAUCCCUGAACACUGCCCCAUCGGCCCGACCAACGUAUACGGCCGCACAAAGUCCACCAUCGAGGGUGCAAUUACAGACACCAUCGAGGCUGAGCGCAACAACGCGAAGAAGGCUGGCAAGGACGACAAGGAGAUCAAGAAGUGGAACGCCGCGCUGUUGAGGUACUUCAACCCCGCCGGUGCGCAUCCCAGCGGUAUCAUGGGCGAGAACCCUCUGGGCGUGCCAUACAACCUCCUCCCCUUGUUGGCGCAAGUUGCGAUCGGCAAGCGCGAGAAGCUGCUCGUCUUUGGUGACGACUACAAGAGCAAGGACGGCACUGCGAUCCGCGACUACAUCCACGUCCUUGAUCUAGCGCGAGGCCAUCUCCAGGCGCUCAACUACCUGCGCGAGCAACAACCCGGUGUCAAGGCAUGGAACCUGGGUACCGGAAAGGGGUCGACCGUCUUUGAGAUGAUCAAAGCAUUCAGCACCGUUGUGGGACGCGACCUACCAUACGAGGUUGCGCCGCGGAGACAGGGUGACGUGCUCGACCUGACAGCGAACCCCACACUUGCCAACAAGGAGCUCGACUGGAAGACCGAGUUCACACUGGAAGACGCUUGCGCCGACCUGUGGAAGUGGACAGAAAACAACCCAGAGGGUUACGAGCAGCAACCACCAAAGGAGUUUUUGGACGCAUUGAAGAACAAGAAGGCGUAA